CAGGAGCGCCCCGCCAGGCUACAAGCGCGCGCGCAGGGGGGUGACAUAAAAGCCGCGGCCGCGCGGAGACGCGGAGUUCGCCCACCGCGCGCCCCAGCAGCGGCUGCACCAUGCACGUGAACGGCAAAGUGGCGCUGGUGACCGGCGCGGCGCAGGGCAUAGGCAGAGCCUUUGCAGAGGCGCUGCUGCUCAAGGGCUCCAAGGUAGCGCUGGUGGAUUGGAAUCUCGAAGCAGGUGUACAGUGUAAAGCUGCCCUGGAUGAGCAGUUUGAACCUCAGAAGACUCUGUUCAUCCAGUGCGAUGUGGCUGACCAGCAGCAGCUGAGAGACACUUUUAGAAAAGUUGUAGACCACUUUGGAAGAUUGGACAUUUUGGUGAAUAAUGCUGGAGUGAAUAAUGAGAAAAACUGGGAAAAAACUCUGCAAAUAAAUUUGGUUUCUGUUAUCAGUGGAACCUAUCUUGGCUUGGAUUACAUGAGUAAGCAAAAUGGAGGUGAAGGAGGCAUCAUCAUCAAUAUGUCAUCUUUAGCAGGGCUCAUACCUGUUGCACAGCAGCCAGUUUACUGUGCUUCAAAGCAUGGCAUAGUUGGAUUCACACGCUCAGCAGCGUUGGCUGCUAAUCUUAUGAACAGUGGUGUGAGACUGAACGCCAUUUGCCCAGGCUUUGUUAACACGCCCAUCCUUGAAUCAAUUGAAAAAGAAGAAAACAUGGGACAAUAUAUAGAAUAUAAGGAUCAUAUCAAGGAUAUGAUGAAAUACUAUGGAAUUUUGGACCCACCAUUGAUUGCCAGUGGACUGAUAACACUCAUUGAAGAUGAUGCUUUAAAUGGUGCUAUUAUGAAGAUCACAGCUUCUAAGGGAAUUCAUUUUCAGGACUAUGAUACAACUCCAUUUCAAGCAAAAACUCAGUGAACAGCUUAUAUAUCAGCCAUAAGUGAAAAUAAGCACAAAUGACUUAUAUUCAGACCCUAUCUUCAUUUGAAUAUAACUUUUAAUGAAAUAUAAUAGUUUGAAGUUUUCCUUCAUGCGUUUGAUGAUAAAUGUUUUCUAAAAUUUUAGUUAAGUAUAUGGAUAAAAAUUAUGAACUAUUAAAAAUGUGAUGUGGACCAAAGCUAGGUUGUAAUCUCAAUAGUCUAAAAAAUGAUGAAAACAAAGGAUAUUCAAGUAAUAUUCUGCCUUUAAAAAAUGUAUUUAUAUCUGUGCUUCAUAAAUAUUAAUAUUUUUCAGAACAUCAUUUUAAAAGAGAUACUUGAAUUGUUAUUUAAAUCAAACCAGAGGUAAAACACUCACAUAUAUAAAGUUCAUGCUUUAAAAGAGGAAAGCUACUUAACAAUGACAAAUAUUUCAUAAUAAUUUCUACUUACGUACCAUCUUUCAGCUGAACAAUUUCAGUUCUUUCAAGAGCUUCUUAAAGUAGCAUACUUGGGAUCAGUAGUUAAGUAAUAACCUACGGUGUAAACAUAUCCCAGAUGAAAACUGAUGCAUGAAAAAAAUGACAGAACGUAACUGAUUGACACUGUUGAUUCACAGUUCAGCCUCCCAUCUGGGAAAGACAUUUCUUUCCUCUGCUCACUUUAAGAACUUUAACUGACUCCAAAAAUCUCAGGAAUUAAACUUUUAACAGUUAAAGCAAUAAAGGACAGUUAGUACUCCAAAAAUGUUAUAUUUAAGAUAUGCUUAACAAGAAAAAAAUGCAAAUGUAAUUUUUUUUGAAAUUACUUUUUUGUUGACUUGUACCAAUUUCCAAAGUGCCUACCCUUAAAUAAAACUUUUUUAUUCUUAUCUCCAUACAUUACUGGUUUUUUUAUGUAUAGCUGUCAACGAAAUGAAACCACUUUUGCCACAGCCACAGCUGUAAAUGUUUUUGUACCUAUGCUGAAAUUUAUAAUAACACUGAUGUAAAAAUAGCUGUGGUGUUUUGCUUUUUUGCUGUCAGCUAUCUUAAGAAAGAAUCAUUAAAUACACCCCCUUUGUGUAACACUCUUUGCAAGAAGUAAGUAAUGCUAAUAACAGUGAAAGCACAAAAUUUCCAAUUCAGUCGUUUUCU